AUGUUAGACGAAGAGUGUAAUGUUUUAAGGUGUGAAAGGUCCAGUAAAAAGAGGAAGACUUGUGGUCGAAUUUCAGAAGUUAACAAGAAGCUAAACCUUCGAAGUCAUGAAGAGGGUGAAAAUUGUUACUGUAAGAGGUACAAGUGUUUUCAAGUUGUAAACCUAGAACAAAGAAACAAUAUUUUAAGAGAUUUUAAUCUCCUGCCAACUCGUGAUGCACAAAAUUUGUAUUUAUGUGGUCUCUCUGUGAUAGAUGUUCCAAUUUGUUUUAAGGCACUCAUGGCUAUACAUGGCAUUACCCAACAAAGGUUAAAAACCCUGAAGAAGUCUUUGCAAGAGACUGGACAUGCCCCAUUAGACAGGCGAUGCAAGCACAGUAACCGGCCAAGGAAACUCACAGCAGAUAUAAAAAAGAAAGCAAUGGAGCAUGUUAGGUUAUUUCGUGGCCGUAAAAGUCAUUAUAGUCUAUACGAAUCCUCGAAACUAUAUCUUUCAGAAGAUUUAAACGUAAAAAGAAUGUACAAUAUGUUUCAAUACAAAGAUUCAUUGUCUUAUGAAUCAUACAGAACUCUUUUUGUAAAUAAGUUUAAUAUUGGUUUUGGUUACCCGAGGUCAGAUACUUGUGGAAAUUGUGACGAGUUUAAGGCUAAACUGAAAGGCUUAGAAGUUGACUUAAAGAAUGCAUUUAAUAGUGAAGAAAAGUGUGUUAUUGAAAAAAAGAUUAGAGAUUUAGAAACUGAAAAUAAAGUACACAAGUUAAAAGCCGAGGUAUUCUAUCGCAGAAAAAGAGCAACUAGAAUUUAUUGUCAAUCAUCUUCUAUAAGAGAAGCUAUCGCCAUGGAUUAUCAAAAGAAUUUGAGCAUGCCUAACAUAACUUCUAAUGAGACCUACUAUAAGAGACAGCUUACCGUCAAUUUAUUUAACAUUCAUGUCUUGGCUUCCUCAGAUUCCUAUUUUUUUGCUACGAUGAGACCAUUGCUAAAAAAGGAGCAGAUGAAGUGUCCUACAUCAUUAUAUCUUUACAGAACUCAAUACGAAUAUCAGAGAGUUAAUAAUAUUCUGUGA